AUGGGCAGUCGACGUGUCUUCCCUCUGUCGGUGGACGUUGCUCCAUCCACUAGCGCCAAUCGCUCCCAGCCUCCUCCUCCCAAGAGUCCAGUGCAUCGUCCACCGACUGGUCAUGGCUCUCUCGACCUCGCAAGGCCUCCAACUGGAGGUUCUGUGGGGUACCAAGGCUUUGAUCGCCUCAUGAUGAUGCGUCAGGUCAAUGCUGCAGCACCACAGCAAGUCUUUAGUGGCGGAGACGAAGCUUCAGCUGCUGUGAAUCAUCGCCAGAGAAUGGCAGCCGAGCAACAGCGACGUAUGGAGUUGACACUGAUGGCGAAGGAGGACUAUACUGGAACACCGGAAGGCCAGGAGAGACUGCAGCGUCAAGAAGAGAGGUCUCGCAUGAGAGAAGAAGAACUGCUAGUCAUAAGACUCGUAGAGGCCGAGAAAGAGGCUGCGAGGAAGCUGCAACGCGAGAAGGAGCUGGAGGAAGAGAAGAGGAUCAAGGAGCAAUAUCUGGCCAAGAUCCGAGCGCAGCGGGAGCAACAAGAGAAGGAAGCAAAGGAGAAAGAAGAGAAGAGGAAGGCCGAGAUGGAACGUAAGAUGAAGGCGCUUAAAGAAGCGGCAGAUGCUAAAGCGAGGGCGGAGUUCGCUGAGAAGCAGCAUGCGAUCGAAGAGGAGGCGCGAAUCGCUCGAGAGAAGCACCAGAUUGAGCUAGAGACUGUUCAAAUGCAGGUGGAAGACGUGCUGGGUCAUGCUAUGCAACAAGAAGUGAUCGCUGAGAGAGAACGACAGCGACAGAUCGCGGCAGAGCAAGAGGAAUGGCGCUUGUUCCAAGAGCGCGAACAGGAGAAACAGCGGGAGGCGACGCAGUUACGACGAGCUGCUAUGGCCCAGCAGUACGAGCAGGACAAACAGCGACGUAUUCAGAUUCAUAAGUUGCAGAAGGAGCGGGCAGCGCAGAUAGCUGAACGUAUGGAAAUGCAGAAUCGACAAGUAAUAACAGAGGAGACCAAGGCGGACGAAGUCAAAUCAAUAGAUCAGGACAGUGACGAUAAUGUACCCGUUACUCGGCCUAUUGAUCAGAACGAAUUGAAGGAUGAGAGCUCGGCUGUUAAGGAUGAAUCGAGUGCUGUGUCAAGUGAAAUCGAAGGGAAUAAUGGAGAGGUCAGAGAAGAAUCGGGCGCAGACGUAGCAGAACUGAGUGCAACGUCACAAUCGGAGAAGCGAGAUAUUACAGUAAAUGAUUCGGAGAAAAGCGAGGGCGGAUCGAAAGAAUUGAUAUCUGGUGAAGCAAAGGAUGGAGCGACCCUGAUCGAGCAGGAAGCGCACCGUUCUAGCGCCCGUGGUGAUUCUGAUGAAUCGAAUACUGUUGUUCAGGUGGCUGAAUCUACGUUACAAUCCGAUCAAGAAAAUGAGGACUCCAAUGUGGAGACCGCAGCACAAGACAGCGACGCAGCAAAUACUGAGAAGCUGGAUGAGCCUGUAGCAGAGGAGCAGGUGAAUUCGACGGGUACAGUCGAGAAGAAGGUAGAUGCCCGACUCAUCUGGACUAUUUCUCGCUCUCAAGAAGAGGGUUUUGCCCCGUUUGCGCAGGUUCUAAGCGUCACGGAUAGUUCACCAGCAAUGCAAGCAACGCUAAAGAGUGGCGAUCUACUGGUUGAAUUCGGCGGGAUCGUAAGUACUACACCGAAGUGCUUAAUGGCGAUGGCUGAGUGUGUACAGAAGAACGUGAAUACUCCGAUCCCCGUUGUCCUCUUACGAUCUGUGGAGACUCAAGAGGAGCAAUUCGAAGAGUUGCGAGUUUCACUGUGUCCUCGAAAGUGGGAAGGCAAAGGAUUACUCGGUUGUCAGCUCAGUCCUUUCAAGUGGCCUGAAAAACAAGAACCUGCUGAACUGCUAAAAUCUGAGGAGAAAAUCUCCACAGAAUCUACAGCAGAUUCAUCAACUAAUGAAGGUGCUAGUGCAUUGGUUGUAUACGACAUUGUACCAGCAUCUACUGCAGAUCAAGCAGGUCUUUUGAAUGGUGAUAUUUUAGCUGGAUGUGAAGGUUUGGAAAUAUCCGUGAGUGCGGAUAAUCUGAACGAUAUUGUUGGUUUUAUCCAAGCCAAGCGAGCUGCGUGCUUACCUAUGAGCAUUGAUAUUAAUCGGUGGAUCGAAGAAGAUCAGUGUUAUCGAUCGCUGCGUAUCGAAUUACCAACAUCCGACGGUCCUCUCGGAUUCGCACUCACUUCAUUCGCAGAAUAUUACAAUUACUAUUCCAGCACUGCAGCUGCAGUAUCAGCAUGCGAAGAGUGUUACUACACCGCUUUAACUACAGCGCUGCAUGCAGCAGCUCUCAGUGGACACGUCAGUUGCUUGGAAGCUCUGCUCAACUCGCUCCAAAAUGGAGAUGGAGGCGGAUAUUCAGCCAGCGAUUAUCUAGAUUGGAGAGAUGAAGACGGUCGAACUCCGCUAUUCUACGCGUGUUAUGCUGGCCAGCUUGAGUGCGUGAAAUAUCUGCUAAAAUCUGUCGUUAACGCCGGUGUUGACUUGUACGGAGACACAGUUCUUCACGCUGCCACAACUAGUGGGAAUACCUCUGGAAUUGCACUCUUAAUUGAGAGUGGAUGUGCUAAAGUUGACGAUAAAAACCACACAAGAUUGACGUGUGCUCACAUUGCGCCAAACGUCGAAACUCUUACGUUCCUUGGCGAACAGUGUGAAGCUGACUUGUUGGCUACGGAUACGGAGGAACGGAUGCCGCUGGCUUACGCUUGUCUUCGGAAUGACGUCGAGAGUAUCCAUUAUUUAUGCAAAAAGCACCCCGAUUUCGUGGACUAUGCGGAUGUACGUGGUAAUACGCCACUGCACGUGGCAGCGUGGCUGGGACUUCAAGAGGCUGUUGAAGUGCUGAUCACAUAUUUACCGUCCAUCGCAUUGUAUAUCACGAACGAAGACGGACAAAAUGCCGCAGAGUUGGCUCGAUCGAAUGGGAAGGAAGAGGUUGCUGCGUUCCUGGAUAGCGUUAUGGCUGCUGCGGAGACACGGACGAAUCGUAACUUAGAGGUCUGGACGGCAGUGUUGAAAGGAUUAUAAGCGUUCCUUUUACUGUAGAGCGAAGGUUUAAUUGUUAGAGCAUAGUUAUCCAGUCUUAUCGCCAUACAAGUUGCCU